CCUGUUAAAUCUUAGCAGGGGCGGCAGAUAAAUUUCUCAGACAAAGGAAAUUUUCGGAUAACCGCGAAACAAGACAUGGCCUUUUCCCUACUUACUCUAACCUCUCGAUCCAACGCAAAGUCUUCUCCCAUCCACCACCUUUCCAAACAAUUACUCUCGCUCUACCCCUCAACCAUCAUCAUGAAUUCUCUCCGUCAAGUCGCUCUGCGCUCCGCCAUUGCGGCAUCCAGAGCUGUGGCCUUCAAGGCCCCGACAACUUCCUUCGCAGUCCAGUUUGCCCGCCAGGCCAAUGUCACAAGAUCCGCCUUUGCCAUUCCGGCAGUGCGCGCCUUCUCCCAGACUGUUCGCGUCCAGGAGUACGAGAGAAAUUAUGCUGAGGAGGCCGCUGCUGAGGAGGCUUGGGCCACUGAGCGGCAGAGCCCAGAAUUCACUGCGAGGAGGGCCGAGCAGCUAAAGCAGCAGUUGCCGAUUCGGGAAGCAGGUGUAGAGGAGGUCUACGACAACUCGAUCUUCAUCCGCAACCUCUCCUUCUCCGUAACCGAGCAUGAUAUUUUGGGCGUGUGCCAAAAGUUUGGAAAGAUUGUUAACGUCAGAUUGGCGACGGACAGAGAUGGCAACAGCAAAGGUUUCGGGUUUGUCGAAUUUGAGACCCAAGAACAGGCCCAUGCUUCGCUUCGGGAGCUCGACCAGUCAUUCUUCCAAGGCCGCCGCAUUGGCGUUCUUCCCCGCGCCAAGGAGCGGGCUGCGAGACCUCCCAGAGGAGCUUCCUCCCCUUCUACUUCCCUCUAUGUCGGCAACAUCCCCUAUGAGACCUCGGACGAGGACUUGAAUAGGAUGUUCAGAGGCCUCGAGAACGUCAAGGAUGUGCGUAUUGCCGUCGACCGCACCACGGGAUACCCGCGCGGCUUUGCCCAUUGCGACUUCGCGACUAUUGAAGAUGCCGAUAAGGCUAAGGCGAUCCUUGGCACCACCAUGAUGGGCAACAGACAGUUGGUAGUCGACUAUGCCGAAUCUCACAGGGUGACCAACAGACCCCGGGACAACUACUAGAGAAUCAUCGGGGCUAGAUCUUGGCUAGGGAGAAGUAGCGGAUGUGGCAGGCCUGCUGAAGAGGCUACCGUAUAUACCCAGCUAGUUUUAGGGCGAACGCAAGAACCUGGGUGGGGAAGUGUUCGAGUAAUAUUGACAGCGGGGAACGGGUGAUGCGUGGAAGGGUCUGCGUUUAGUGCCUCUAGCACAGGAACGGAACGACCCCGAGGAGCGUGGGGUUUGGUGGUUGUGCCAGCCGCGAGUCCAAAAAGGGUGGCCGGGCUGUAACACCACCCUGUAGGACUAACUUUGUGUGCGGCGCAUGCGGCAAUAUACUAUGUACAAAUAAUUGACAAUUCUCUCUACUCUGGA